AUGGAUGAGGAUGAAAAGAACGUGACUGUCCACCAACAUCCCACCGAGGACGAGUGUGUCACUUCCGAAAAGGGCAUGGUCCUGAGCUGGAUGACUCUGCUCUUUAUCGCCUUAAUGAACUCCUUCGACAGUGUUGCCGUCAACACAUUUCAGAUAUAUGCCGUCGGCGAAUACAGACGCCUAUCCAUCGAGGGCGCCCUUACAACUGCACUUGGCGUUGCUACUACAGGUAGAAGAUCCGAAACCCUACAUCGGCAAUCGAAUCGCUCUAAUAGUUAA